UGUGCAUAUCAGAACAUAGUAAAAAAAAAUUUACCCUUAAAAUCACGUUUUGACCAUGUGUUGACAAAAUUGACAAUGACAUAAAACGUCAUUGCACCAAGCACGCACCAAGUUUUAAGUCGAAGAUUCGAAGUGUGGUUUUAUUUUCAAAUAAAAACUGCAUAUUUCAAAGGAAAUUGUGAAAUUGUACAGACUAGUUUAGAGAUUUAGUUCGUUAAGAAGCCUAGACGUUAAUUCACGAGAAGCAUGGCGAAAUUUAAGCUAAAAAAACCGUCUAAAAGACAGCCAGCACGUCUCCGCUACAAAAUCGAAAAAAAAGUUAGGGAACACAAUAGAAAGGUCAAAAAAGAGGCCAAGAAAAAUCCCAAGUCUAAAAAGAAUAAGCCUAUUCAAAUACCAAAUGUCUGCCCUUUUAAAGAAGACAUCUUGAAAGAAGUAGAAGCAGUUAAGAAGCAUAAAGAAGAGGAAAGACAGAAAAAAAGAGAACAAGCAAAAUUAGAUAAACAAAAGAAAUUAGGUGAAAAAAAGACCAAUAACGUCAGCAUGGAUACUUUAGUAGCAAAUGCUGAGGCAAGAGGUAAAAUUCAUGAAGCAUUUAAAAGUAAUGAAGUUUCUGAUGACAGCAUUCAGUUUGGCAAGGAUAAGCAGCAAGAGAAUUCUUUGAAGGCAUAUUAUAAAGAAUUCAAGAAAGUAAUAUCAGAGGCUGAGGUUAUAUUGGAAGUUGUGGAUGCUAGAGAUCCAUUAGGAACCAGGUGUGUUCAAGUGGAAGAAGCAGUUCGGGAAUCAGGAAAGAAACUAGUCUUAGUCCUAAAUAAAGCAGAUUUAGUGCCAAGAGAUAAUCUUACAGCAUGGCUCAAGUACCUUCGGAGGUCAGCGCCCGCUGUUCCAUUCAAAGCUUCAACGCAGGACCAACAACAUAACCUUGGCAGGAGGAAAAUGAAACAUAUUGUGAAGGAAAAAGAAAUGAAAAGUUCAGCAUGUGUAGGAGCAGAAUUACUUAUGAGUCUCUUAGGAAACUAUUGUCGAAAUAAAGGCAUAAAGACAUCCAUUACAGUAGGUGUAGUGGGUUUGCCGAAUGUCGGCAAAAGUUCUAUUAUAAACAGUUUGAACAGAUCUAAGGCUUGCAAUGUUGGGAGUACACCUGGAGUUACUAAACAAAUGCAGACAGUUCAGCUAGAUUCUAAAAUAAAGAUUCUAGAUAGUCCCGGAAUAGUAUUUCAUUCAGGGUCAGAAGGGGAUGCCUCUGUAGCUCUUAAGAACGCUCUGCGUGUAGGCAGUUUGAAAGACCCUGUCACUCCUGCCACUGCGAUACUGAAGAGAGCUCAUAAACACACCCUUGUGGCACUCUACUGUAUACCGGAGUUUGAAACACCACAAGAAUUCUUCGCAAGUGUAGCGUCUCGUAUGGGUCGCUUCAAAAAAGGCGGUGUUCCUGAUCAAGACGCCGCCGCGAGAAUAUUGCUUAACGAUUGGAAUACUGGAAAGGUACGCUACUACACCGAGCCACCGGAAACACCUGACUCCGAGGUCCACGUCGACGCUAAAAUCGUGUCGACUCUCGCUCAGGACUUCGAUAUAAACGCGUUUGAGGCGAUGGAGGCAGAGACUAUUGAUACUUUGGGUGGAACUAAUGUUGAUGAUGCUAUUAAGAUCACAAGCACCGGCCCAGUCAAGGCAGCAGAAAAUGAUAUGCAGGUUGACGAAGACGAAUCUACCUUACUUCCUAAAAAAGUGAACAUUGUUUCAAAAGUAGUCACCAAAACACCCAAAAACGCAGAUGUUGAUAUAGUUAUGGAUGGCAACACUAAACAGAAUAAAUUGAGAAAAAUGCAAUUUAAAAAAGAUAAAAAGAAAAGGGCAAGAGAUGAGAAAAAAGCAGUAGCUUUGUCAGAACUGUUAGAUCAAGCUAUAAUAACCAGCGCUUAGAAAUAAUGGUCUAUUAUUUUAUUGUAAACAGAUAACACAGAAAUAAAAAAAUAAAU